GUCCUUUUAUGGGUCUAGUUUCCUUCCUGUUGGUUUGCUCCAGCCUGGAGGAGAGCGCGAGAGUAGUUGAGAUGAGAGCAGCGAACUGCUGCCACAACCGCCACAGCGCUCAUCCCAAAACGCGCUUUUCUUCCUAAAAAAAAUACUUUGAAUGCCGACAAAUCAAAUUAAUCCUACAAUUGAAGAGUCGUUAAAAAAAUACGGAAUUUAUACGGAAAUUCACAAUAGUGUUAACCAUUUAUUUCGUGCUUUUAAUCGUUCUGCGAGGAGACAGUGGAAUGGUUCGCGUUAUCUUCCGUGUCGUUUCCAGCUCAGCAUGGGAACUGCGGUGUCCAAAAGGAAGAAUAUGAGGAACGACGCGAUAUCUUCUGUAGCCGCAAAAGUUAGAGCAGCACGUGCAUUCGGAGAUUACCUUCCCCACAAUAACCAGGAGAACCACAACGGAGGAGAUCAUCUGUUGUCUGACACCUUCCUAGGCCACGACGUCAACGGCUCCAGCGACACCAACCGUCUGCAGACCCCCACCCUGCCGCCACCGGCAGGCCCCUGCACACCCGGCGCGAAGCCCACCACCAAACCUCCCCAGCUAACCGUCCAGCCGCCCCAGGGACCCCAGUACCUCCCCGCCCCCCAGGACGACCCCUCCCAGCCCAGCCAGGCCAGCACCCCUAAGCCCCUCGGCCCCCAGGGCCCGUCCAAGCGGCGUCUCACCUCGGACCGCAGCCUCUCCACGGAGGAACCCCCGCCGGGCGCCGGCCUGACCUCGAAGCCCCCCAGGGUGUACGCCGUCUCCAAGGAGCCCGGGGGAGCAGGGGCGAUGACUCUGGGCGGGGCCCGCGGCAGCGAGGAGAGCCUGGAGCUGGACGUCCUGAGGAGCUCCAAGGGGGAGGAGCACCACCACCACCACCCCCAUCCUCCUCCGCCUGCUCCACCCACCACCACCACCCCCCAGGGAUCCUCGUCCUCCCUCUCCCAGCCACCCCCGGGCGCCUCCGCGGCAGCCGCCUCCCGGGGCCAUCACCGCGGCAACCACCACCGCAGCACCGGCGGCCACCACCACUCCCACGGCCACCAGGGGGCCGGCGGGGCGGCCCAGCCCCCGCAGCCCCUGCGGAGCUCCGGGAGCGCCCACAACAUCGGCGACUGGCCGGGCAGGAGGGGGGGCUCCCGGGAGGACUGCCGGCCCGACUGCGCGGCCUGCGCGCGGCCGCCGUGCCGCAGCCAGCGCUCCCUGGACCUGGACACGUCGCCCCGGGACGGCGGGAAGCACCGCAAGAAGCUGGAGCGCAUGCACAGCGAGGACAAGACGUCCACCGACGACAGGGAUGACACUUCUAACAGCUGGUUCCCCAAAGAGAACAUGUUCAGCUUCCAGACGGCCAGUACUACCAUGCAGGCAAUAUCGGCGUUCCGGGGCAUCGGCGAGAAAAAGAGGCGCAAAGGAGACCAAGAAACAGCUUCCCAGACUGAGAGAAACUUCCGGAAGCACCUGAGGAUGGUCGGAAGCCGUCGUGUGAAAGUCCAAACCUUUGCAGAACGCCGCGCUAAGAGCUUCAGCCGAUCCUGGAGCGACCCCACCCCUGUCAAGCCAGACUCCCUGCACGACUCCAGGGACAGUGGGGACCUGCGUGAGUCUACAGGGACCCUUGAUGAAGGGCUGAGUGAGGAUGCUGAUUGGGAGGAGGAGAGGGAGGCCGAGAAAGUAGCCUGCGAAGGAGAUGACUUUAUCCCGCCGAAGAUCAUGCUGGUCUCCUCCAAGGUGCCCAAGGCAGAGUACGUCCCCAACAUCAUUCGUCGGGAGGAUCCUUCCGUCAUCCCCAUCCUCUACGAUCACGAACACGCCACGUUUGAUGACAUCAUCGAGGAGAUAGAGAAGAAACUGACGGCAUACAGGAAGGGCUGCAAAAUCUGGAACAUGCUAAUUUUCUGCCAGGGGGGACCUGGACACCUCUACCUGCUCAAGAACAAGGUGGCCACCUUCGCCAAGGUGGAGAAGGAGGACGACAUGAUCCAGUUCUGGUUGAAGCUGAGUCGUCUGAUGAGUAAGCUGAAUCCCGACCCCAACCAGAUCCACAUCAUGGGCUGCUACGUCCUGGGGAGCGCCAACGGAGAGAAGCUGAUUGAGAACCUGAAGGCCCUAAUGAGGCCCUACUCUGUGGAGUUUAAAUCUCCUCUAGAGUUGUCGGCUCAGGGUAAGGAGAUGAUAGAGAUGUACUUCGACUUCCGUCUCUUCAGGCUGUGGAAGAGCCGACAGCACUCCAAGAUGCUCGACUAUGACGACCUGCUGUGACCUCCGACUAGCUCCUCCCAACGCCCCCCCCGCCGGGGGGCCCUGGUUGUACUUCCUGGCUGACCUCAUCGCAGGCUGAGCUCCUCAUUGGUUGGUUGAGAGAUGGCCCCUCCCCCCUCCCUCCUCACGGAGGCUUGGUUGCCCCAGUAGGUGGCGCUGUAGCCGCUGGCGCCGCCGCAGUCGCUUUAGCCGUAGCGCGGCGCCGACUCCUUUCUCGUUUUUAAAUGAAGAUUUAGAUCGAGUUCACGCACAUGAGCAGCCUCUCCGGCCCAUGCCUUCUCCUGUUUUGUUUUCUUUAUUAACCGCUCUCUCUUUCGGCGCUCUCGUUCUCGCGGGGGACAGAGAAACGGACACUGGAAGGUGGCGGACACCACAACUUCAAAAUGAGAGCUACCAUCAGAGAGAGAGAGAGAAAGGGAGAGAGAGCGUGGAGACACUGGUGUAGGAAUCUGUAGCCUAAAUGUGUCGUGGGGCACGAGAUAGACAUAGGGGUCUGUGUUUAGAGCUACGUAGGAGAGCGGAUAGGAGAGAAGCCAUCGCUAGAGAUGGCGACAGUGUACCGUAGUUUACCUUUACCUCUACCGGCGUCCUAGGUAGGAGGCGUCAACAAGUGUUUUUUAUGUGUGUGUGUGUGUGUUGAAAGAUAACAAAACUUUUGAGCGCAAAUCUUGCCGAAAAGUCCAGCAUCUCUAUACGUAUAAUAUCACAUAAUUAUCUAAUUGAUUGAAGUAGUAUUUAUGAUAUAUAUUAGAAAUAUAUAGCUCUCUCUAUCUCUAUAUAUCUAUAUAGAUAUAUAUCACGGUAGAUCAGGAUUUCCUUUUAUAAACUGGUUGCUGUCGUUCUGGUGUUUCAUACAAAUCCUUAUCUCAGGUCCAUCAUUAGGAAUUGUUAUCCAUCGCGAUGACCUGUUGACCUCCGCGGCUGGGGGACGGUUCUCCGCCCGCCCCCGCUAGACACGGUUGGUGUGAGAUCAGGGAUGACAUCAUGUCGCCAUUGAACGCCGUUUUUUUGGCGGCAAGAGGACACUUUGUUUUUUUGGAAUUGUUCGGUACAAAACACCAGAGUCCAACUGUAGCUGGUCUCUGAGGUUGUGUGUCUGAUGCUGUGUGUUGUUUUUUUUGGUUUGUUUCUUUGUUUCGUAAGAUAUAGAGCAGUAGGUGCCCGGGGUCAAGUCCAGCGGGGGGUUUUGCUCAAAGAGUCAGGCCUGCGUGUGUGUGUGUGUGUGUGUGUGUGUGUGUGUGUGUGUGUGUGUGUGUGUGUGUGUGUGUGUGUGUGUGUGUGUGUGUGUGUGUGUGUGUGUGUGUGUGUGUUUGUGCGUGUGUUGGAUGACGUGUGGGUGUACAGGUUUCCAUUCGUCCUCUUGCCAGUGCAAGAAAGAAAGACACCGUUGUAUCUGACUUUAAAUCGUACAUUUACUGUCUAUGUUUUAUUGUACUAAACGUUUUAUUUCCGUUCUUCAGAACGACAGACGACAUUUGUGUGCUGUGUCAUUGUUGGUUUUCUGAAGUCACCAGUAGGUGUCUGAAUUACUUCAAAUAGCAAAUGUUUUCAUAACGAUAAAUUUGCUCCUUGAUGGUCUUGUUAUAGAAUUCAAAAUGAGAACAAGAAAGACAUUAACAAUCUGUUCUCAAUACUGUCUUCAUAAUAAUAACAUCAACAUAAUAUAUAUAUAUAUUAUGGUUUUUUUCGGGGGGGCCUUGCAGCAAGAUAUGAUUUUUUUGAUAUUAACAUAGCAAGGCGUGGAAAUAUACAGAGGCUAUUAUCUUUUACUUUCCCUCAAGACAAGAAGCUCCUUCAACGCAUCUUGGGUGGUCGAGCACCUCGUCCGUGCGUCAUCCUCCCGUCGUUUUCACGCUAAAAGAGUCCCAUCUCGGAUGCUGGUGUGAGGAGGAUUUCAAACAAGAACUCUGUUUUGUCCUGACGCUCAAAAACUCAUGAAAUCUAUAUGUGUAUUGGAAGGACAUUUCUAUAUACAUUUUUGGAACGAUAGAUCCACCUUGUUGCAGUACUGAGUCAUUACUAACAAGAGCAUCAUCGCUAGCAUCAUCAGUGUGAAACUCUGUCUAUUAUGGAAGGUGUUAGCCAUGCCGAGACUUCUGCUUUAUGAAACGCACCGUAGUGCUAUUAUGGGACUCUGGGUGUGUUAUGAGUCAAUAAAAAUACAGUUUUAUAAUAAUAAUAGAAUACUGACCUUUUUUUUUAUGAAGGUACAGCGAAUAGCCAACUGUACUUAUUUUUUAAGCAGAAAUGCUAACUCUAUUAGCCACCCACAGAAUCGCUUCUCACCUUGAGAUCGCUGCUAUACUCUUCUUGCUUCUUGCUAUAAAUCUUUAAGUAAUUACUCAAACAUGCUUAUGCGAUAUUCUCCAUAUUAUAUAACCGAUUAUCUUUCCUGAAAUCAUCACAGUUCCGCUGUGCUGUUUUCUGUCCUAUUCCUUUGGAGGCAGUGUGUCGACUGCAAUGACAUUUAUUUGUGAUCAUGUCUGCUUUCAGACAUCUGAGCAGGCUUGGUCAAGUUCACUCUCCAGUGUUUGGACGAUAGCCCACGUUGACACACUAGAUAUGCCUUUCUACCAGUAUUCAAACCUUUGUAGCUACUGUACUUUGUACUUUUGUGGUUUUCUAGAGGAGAAAGCAUUAAAUAUAUAUUUACACAUCACUCACUGUUAAAAUCUCGUACUCUGUAGCAAUACACAAUGUGUAGGAUCAUACUGCACUGUUAUUGAAAACUGCAACUUUGCCUCUUUUUUGCUUGGCGAUCCAGUUUAGGUUUAGCCUGCAGUACCUCCUCAAUCCAAACACAAUUGAUUUACUGUGCCAUGACAGAUAAUGUGUUGUACGUAUAAUGUGUUCUGUCUCCGGUAUGAUACAAUUAUUUUAUUGAUCCCCAGUGGAAACUAUGUGUGUCACAGGAUGUGUAAAGAAAAUAUUGUAUAUGGCGUAGUAUAAUAUCAUGUUAUUGUGUUCUUCUUCUGCAGAGAUGGUCAACUCAGGAUUAACUGUGUAUGAAUAUCCCUGUCAAAUAUAACAGUACAUAUCAUAGUAACUUAUUAAAUAAGUAGUAGGCCUGAUCAUGUUUCCAUGUCGUUGUUGUAUCUUGCUUUUUUGGGCCUGUCGGAUUGUGUUUGGAAUGGACUCCCAUGACUUCACUACUGAGCACUAGGUUCGGUUUUUGGUAGCGGGUGAUCCUGACUAAUGUUUAAAUGAGUCAUGAACAGUUUACUUAAGUUUAAAUUCUCGAAGGGGACGCGUCAAGAAACAUCAAUGUUUGUAUGGCUGUGGAUUGUUUUCAGGGUAAAGUUUACAAAAACUCUUUACCCGGAAAGCCACAUGAACACUGAAAAUAAUGUGUAAAGGCAUGGAUUCAUAAAUGUUGGCAUUAUAUAAAUACUAUUUAUCUGUUGAAUCAAAGGAUUUUGUAAGUGUAUUUGUUCAAAUUGGAAUUUGACAAACAUAAUAUUUCAGAAUAUAUUUGUAUUGGGUAGCAGGGGGGGCCCACAACAGUUAUUGCACUGGGGCCCUAAUGACCUACUUACGCUUCUAUGAGCUUGCCACAUCUUAACGAAGAAAAGCAAUUGACGUUGCCCUCUUUAUUUAGCUCACUUCCAAAACAGCUGUGGGCUGAUAGGAAAACUAGGACGGCUUAAACCAAGUGUUUCAGCGGGCCGUCGCUACUGCGGUGAGACUGGGCCGAGCUCAGUGCGCUCAGCUCCGUCUGCGUACAGUCGCGGUCACAUUUCAAAGAGCUCUGCUCGGUUUCACCCCGAGGGUUGGGCGCGCAGCGUAUGAUUAUUUACAACAAGGAUAUAUUAUUGAAAAAGUUUGCGUAAUAGCGAAUUGGCACAAACACGCUCAAUGCGUGAGAGUGUACAUCGCUGGGUUUUCAAUGUAGGCCUACAACGAAACGUUUCUCAGCACUCCCUCGAUGCGGAUGGCGACGCGGUAUUCUGAGCCCCCGGCUGAGGCAGAUAUGUCAUUGUCCACGGCACUGACAUCCUGGUCUCCGUCAAACUAGAUGCCAUGGUGAUCUCUUGAGGGGCUCCCGACCGGCCGGGGAGAUGGACAGGACGGAGAUAGAUAUAGCUAAUUAUAUAAAGAAAGUCUCAUCUCCGUGUUCAGUGGAGCCAAAACGCAGAACUCCCCAAUCCCUCACGAUCCACAUUCUGACCUCAGUCAUCUCUUCUGGGAGCAGCAGGAGUGGGGGUGAGGGCCUGGCUUACCCCAGGCCCUCACCCCUCCUCCUGCUGCUCCCAUUUAACCACCACCAUUACCCGAAUCAGGGAGUCUAUUUGAUGCAGCGCCAAAUUUUAUGUUCCACAUUUUAGAACAAUCAUUCAAAACGAUCAUUUUUUUUAUCCAUCUGUCAGUCUGGCCAUCUGUCGGCUAGUAACGGAAUGGGGGUUGAUUGCCACGUUGUAACUUGUGCCCGGCCGGGGAGCGCGGUUCUCUUGGCGUGUUGGUGAUUGAUUGACAUGGCUUUGAUUGGCGCGACAUUCCCCCGCCGGGCUCUGAUUGUAUUUUGGGGGAGCACAAUCUGAAAGUAAUGUGUCCGAUUCACUACAAUUCAGUGUCAGACGCCAUCUGAGAGUUUUUGGAACAGCACAUCGGAGGUACUAAUCUAGCGUUUCCAGAGGUUUAAAUUGUCUUUAACAGUCUUUGUUUUUAACAAGAAUUAGCUUUGUUAUAGCUGAUUUGAAUUGAUUGACAGUAAGUAAUUGACUUGAACUGAACUAAUUAAAGAAAGAACACGGACAACAUUGUAUGUUUUCAUUGUAGGCUACAUCUAUUUAAGAAGCACCUCAAGUAGUAACCUUUGGGAAUCAAUGUUCUGUUUUGUAUUAUCUUCCGCCAGUAAACUUUACCUUGUUCUACCUUG